UGUCAAACCAGUGAGUGAGAGUGACACUGACGAGCAGUUGGUUUUUAUUAAGGAAACUCAGGGCAUCUUGGUUACUUCUGAGGACAAACUGAAGACUGGGCAUGAGGUCAAAGCUGUGUGUCUGCAGUUGGAGGAGUGGAGACUAAAAAACCAGAGAGCUCAUCGUCUUAAUCAGGUGGCAUACAAAACAACGUAUGUGCCUUUUUCUUUAUUUUUAUUAACAGGAUGGGCUGCGCUUGCAGUGGCCAGAAAGAAGUAAAAGAUGAGAAUACAUUUUUCAAAAUAAAGAACCCCCAGACAUCCAACUCAUCAAACCGCACAGAACGAAGCGCAAACACCUAUUCAUCUAACGAUGAAAAUGCAUUUAUAGCGCUGCACGACUUCAAAGGGACCAAUGACAACGACCUUUCCUUCAAAAAGGGAGACAAACUCAAAAUUUUGCAGGAGAGUGGAGAAUGGUGGCUGGCCAAGUCACUUCUCACCGAAGAGGAGGGCUUCGUUCCGUCUAAUUAUGUAGCCAGAGCAGAUACGCUGGAGGUGGAGAAGUGGUUUUUCAAAGAUUUGAGUCGAAGAGAGACCGAACGACUGCUUCAAGCGCCUGGAAAUAAACCAGGCUCCUUUCUUGUUCGAGAGAGCGAGACGAGUAAAGGGUCGUACUCGCUUUCAGUAAGAGACCACGACCAUGACCAUGGAGAUGUGGUAAAACACUACAAGAUUCGCUGUCUGGACAAAGGUGGUUACUAUAUCUCCCCCUCCAAAACCUUCCCGUCCUUACAAGAGCUGGUCAAGUACUAUACACGUACCGCAGACGGGUUGUGUGUGCGGCUGUAUGCCCCUUGUAAACCGAAGGCCCCUCAGCAGCCGUGGGCUCAGGAUGAAUGGGAGAUUCCCCGAGAGACGCUGAAAAUGGUGAAGAAACUGGGCGCUGGGCAGUUUGGAGAAGUUUGGAUGGGCUUCUACAAGAACACCCAAAAGGUUGCCAUCAAGACGCUGAAGGAGGGAACGAUGGAGCCCGAGGCCUUUCUUCAGGAAGCUAACCUCAUGAAGCAGCUGCAGCACGAUCGACUUGUACGACUCCAUGCCGUGGUCACCAGAGAGCCCAUUCUCAUUGUGACCGAGUUUAUGAUCAAUGGCUGCCUCCUUGACUUUCUAAAAACGGAUGAAGGGAAAAAGCUCAAGAUGAACAAGUUGAUCGAUAUGUCAGCGCAGAUAGCUGAGGGCAUGGCGUACAUUGAGAAGAAGAACUAUAUUCACCGUGACCUGCGAGCAGCUAACAUACUUGUCAGUGAGACGCUGCAUUGCAAGAUAGCCGACUUUGGCCUGGCCAGGAUCAUUGAGAAUGAAUACACGGCACAGGAAGGUGCCAAGUUCCCCAUCAAAUGGACAGCGCCAGAGGCCAUCAACUAUGGCACGUUUACCAUCAAAUCAGAUGUCUGGUCCUUUGGGAUCCUGCUGACAGAAAUGGUCACCUAUGGAAGAAUACCUUACCCAGGAAUGACCAAUCCAGAGGUGAUCAGGAACCUGGACAAGUUUUACAGGAUGCCCCAGCCGGAAGGUUGCCCCGAGGAACUCUACGAUAUCAUGAUGAUGUGCUGGAAACAAAAGCCUGAAGAACGGCCCACUUUUGACUACCUACAGAACACUCUCAAUGAUUUCUUUAUUGCCACAGAGGGACAAUAUGAGAAGCAACCAUAGGUGGCAAUAAAAGAAACGCUUGUUGAUAACGACGUGCGUGCACACCUAACAUCUCCUUUCUGACUCAUACAGAUGAUUUAUAUGAAAUAAUUCCUCCCAGUGAAUGUCAAAGAUAUUUUUGGCUUCUACUAUCUACAACGGAAACGAGCGUCAGCAACAUAUCAAAGUCAAAAACUUGAACACGCUUUCAUCAUGUUGACUUUGCUGCAGCUACAGAUGCUUCUUUUUCUCGAUUGAAGCAAUGGAAUGUGAGUAGGCAUCACUAGCAAUGAUUUUAAAUAAACCAUUGACAAGGGACCGGAAAUACAACCAUGUCGUCCGCAUGAUCAACAGCUUUUUCGGACCCGGGGGAACUCAGCGCAGGUAAAGCUGGAGAUGAGACAUUUGCAUGGUACCAAAAGUAGCAGUCUGAGAUUACAUGCACAAUACUUUGCACUUUUAUUCUCCAUUUAUUUGUAUAUAGAAAUAAAAGGGCUUGCAAAC